AUGAAGCCGGUCCCUGAGAUCCUGGGGAAUCCCACCGGAAGGCCCCCCAGCUGUGAAGUGAGCCGAGAGUGCUCUGUUUACUUGGGCAAGGCCCACCUUUCCGCCACACUACAGGACGAUGUCGUGCCGAAAUACAACGGCCGCGACGGCCUCCCCUACAUCCCCGUGGAGAAGCUCCAAGACCUCACCUCCCGCGUCUUCAACGGGGAGUCGGGAGCGCAGGAGACCAAACUGCGCUUUGAGUCUCAGGAAGGCAAGGAGGCUGGGACGCCCCCCAACACUACCCCAGCCAAGAACGGCUCGCCGGAAAUUAAACUGAAAAUCACUAAAACGUACAUGAACGGGAAGCCUCUCUUCGAAUCCUCCAUCUGUGGCGACGGCGUGCUGGAGGCCGCUCAGGCGGAGCAGAUGGAGCCCAACCCGGCCAACAAGGAGAAGAGGAGCAGGAAGAGGAGCAUCAAGUAUGACUCCCUACUCGAGCGGGGCUUCGUAGAAGCAGCGUUGCUGUCCGGGUCGUCCGGUUCCUCCUGCGACAAGGUACCGCAAAAAAAGUGCAGGAAUUGUUUUAGUUCUGGUGAGGACCGGACGCAGGCCCUGAAGUACGGCGUGGGAGACGUGGUCUGGUCCAAGGUGUCCGGCUAUCCGUGGUGGCCUUGCAUGAUCUCCACUGACCCUCUUCUCCAUCACUUCACCAAGCUCAACGGACAGAAAAAGAGUUUUCGCCAGUAUCACGUACAGUUUUUUGGGGAUGCGCCAGAACGAGCCUGGGUGUUUGAAAAGAGCCUUGUAAUGUUCAAAGGAGAAGAGCAGUUUGAGCAAUUGUGUCAGGAAAGUGCAAAGCAUUCCAUUAACAAAGCAGAGAAAAUAAAGAUGUUAAAACCGGUUUCAGGAAAACUGCGUCCCCAGUGGGAGAUGGGGGUCAAGCAGUCCAAAGAUGCCUUGUCCAUGUCCGUGGAGGAAAGGAAAGCGAAGUACACCUUCAUUUACGUCAGGGGCAGGCCGGUCCUCAACCCCCAGGUGGCGAAGGAAGCCGGACUCGUAGUUAAGUCUUUGGAAGAGAUGGAUAAAAUUUAUUUGGAGGAAGACCUUUCUCAGACUCUCAAAUCGAGCAAAGAAUACGACGUCCCGGCCAAAAGGGGGAGAAGGACCAAGUCGCUUUGCGCAAGUGAUUCGGAAGACUUCGGCCCCAGGCCUGUCCAGAGCACCCCUUCCGGAAAAUACCUGGAGGAGAGAGAAGCCAGAGGAGGCACGGGGGGGUCCCCUUUCGGUAGGAAGAAAGCGAUUGCCUACGCUCCCCGAAACCGAAAGAGCGAUGGGGUCCCCCAGUUCCUGGUGUUUUGUCAGAAGCACCGAGAUGAGGUGGUCUCUGAGCAUCCCGAUGCCUCGAGCGACGAAAUCGAAGAGCUGCUGGAGUCACAGUGGAACAUGCUAAGCGAAAAACAGAAAACACGCUAUAACACAAAAUUUGCCCUAGUGACCUCUCCCAAAUGUGAAGAAGACACUGGUAACUUAUAUGGAAAUAAAAGGAAACCUGUAAAGAGGACAAGGAAACCCACGGAAGAUUUUGAAGUUCAAGAAGCAUCUAGAAAAAGGCUGAGAAUGGAUAAGAAGAACUAUCAGAAGAGGGAGAGGAGCAAUGACAAAACGGCAAAAACAAACUUGGCUAAAGUCACAGAAACCUCGCAAAAGAAGCCGUCAGGUCUGUCCGAUGCAUAUAAGCCACUGAAGAAACGAAACCGGGCCCCGGGACCAGAAUCUUCGCAUCUCCCUUAUAGCAAAAGUUCAUCUCCUUCAGCGUCCUUAACUGAGAAUGAGAUUUCAGAUGGUCCGGGAGACGAGAGGUCAGAGUCUGCCUAUGAAAGCACCGACGAGGGUCUCGGGGAGGCCUCUCAGCUGUCCAAGAAGUCGGACCGAGGAGCCACAGCCCGGAAGGAGUACGUCUGCCAGGUCUGCGAGAAGCCCGGGGAGCUGCUGCUGUGUGAAGGACGCUGCCUGGGGGCUUUCCACGCCAGCUGCGGCGGCCUCUCCGGACGGCCCAAGGGGCACUUCAGGUGCAGCGAAUGUACUUCAGGGCUCCACGCCUGCUUUGUCUGCAAGGAGAAGCAGUCGGAGGUCAAGCGCUGCGCCGUCUCUCACUGCGGAAAGUUUUAUCACGAGGCCUGCGUGAAGAAAUCCCCCCUCACUGUGUUCGAGAACCGGGGCUUUCGCUGCCCUCUGCACAGUUGCGAGAGUUGUCACGUUGCCAACCCCUCCAACCCCAAAGUGUCCAAAGGCAAAAUGAUACGGUGCAUUCGCUGUCCGGUGGCUUACCACGUGGGCGACAAUUGUGUGGCUGCCGGUUGUGCCAUGCUUUCCUCCAGCAGCGUUGUGUGUACCAACCACUUUACUGCCACAAAGGGGAAAAGCCACCAUGCUCACGUGAACGUCAGCUGGUGUUUUGUGUGCUCAAAAGGGGGAAGCUUAUUAUGUUGUGAGUCUUGUCCUGCUGCGUUUCAUCCCGACUGUCUAAACAUUGAAAUGCCAGAUGGAAGCUGGUAUUGCAAUGACUGCAAAGCAGGGAAAAAAAUCCAUUUUCAAGAUAUCAUUUGGGUCAAACUGGGAAAUUACAGGUGGUGGCCAGCCGAAGUCUGCCAUCCCAAAAACGUCCCCCCAAAUAUCCAGAAAAUGAAGCACGAGAUUGGAGAAUUCCCUGUGUUUUUCUUUGGCUCUAAAGAUUACUACUGGACCCAUCAGGCCCGCGUGUUUCCCUAUAUGGAAGGAGACCGGGGAAGUCGGUACCAGGCCAUUAAAGGGAUCGGGAAAGUCUUCAAAAACGACUAUCCUAACCCAGUCAACAAGCCCUUCGGGAAGGUCCAGAUCUACACGGCGGACAUCUCGGAGAUCCCCAAGUGCAACUGCAAGCCUUCGGACGAGAGCCCCUGCGGCCUGGACUCCGAGUGCCUGAACCGGAUGCUGAUGUACGAGUGCCACUCGCAGGUCUGCCCGGCCGGAGGGCGCUGCCAGAACCAGUGCUUCAGCAAGCGCCAGUACCCGGAGACCAAGAUCAUCCGGACGGAGGGCAAGGGCUGGGGCCUGGUCGCCAAGAGGGACAUUAAGAAGGGCGAGUUUGUGAACGAAUAUGUAGGCGAAGUGAUUGACGAAGGGGAAUGCAUGGCGAGGAUCAAAUACGCUCACGAAAACGACAUCACGCACUUUUACAUGCUCACCAUUGAUAAGGACCGCAUAAUUGACGCCGGGCCGAAAGGCAACUAUUCUCGCUUUAUGAAUCACAGCUGCCAGCCGAACUGCGAGACCCUGAAGUGGACGGUGCAUGGCGACACCCGAGUGGGCUUGUUUGCGGUGUGUGACAUUCCCACAGGAACAGAAUUAACCUUCAACUACAACCUUGAUUGCCUGGGCAAUGAGAAGACGGCGUGCAAGUGUGGUGCUCCCAACUGCAGCGGCUUCCUUGGGGACAGACCGAAGAAUUCAUCCUCCAACGCCUCAGAAGAGAAAGGAAAGAAGACCAAAAGAAGGGCCAGGAGACGCAAAACGAAAAACGAAGCCAGGAAAAAAACGGAGGACUACUGUUUCCGCUGCGGAGACGGAGGGCAGCUUGUGCUGUGUGACCGGAAGUCUUGCACCAAGGCCUAUCACCUCUCCUGCCUCGAUCUGGUAAAACGUCCUUUCGGCAAGUGGGAGUGCCCUUGGCACCACUGCGACGUUUGUGGCAAGCCCUCGGCUUCCUUCUGCCACUUCUGCCCCAAUUCCUUCUGCAAGGAUCACCAAGAGGAGGCCCUGCUGGAGUGUAACCGGAGCGGAGAGUGGUUUUGCCCCGACCACCCCGGGGAGAACGUCACGGAGAAGAAAGCCAAACGGCCCCCCAGGAAACUGAUUUCGGUCAAAUGCAAAGGGCAAAGGAACAAGUGGAAGAGGACAUAA